CCGCUCCCGGACGUCCCGCGGACCGAGGUGAUAUUUCAGAAUUCUGCCUUGGGGCCAGCCUUGGGCUGUUGUCCUAUGCCUCCUGCUGCUUAGUUGGAAUUACAGAAAUGCACCACCUUGCCCAGCCUGUGUGUUGAAUGCCUGCCGUGUGCACCAUGUCUCUGGUAGACGUAGCUGGGGCCCAGACACCUGAGACACCGGAGACUGAGGCAGACACCCCCACCCAUCUGGCAGAGGAGGAGGAGGAGGAAGAGGAGGAAGAGGAGCUGCCAGUGGAUGCCCCCACCCAGCUGGCCAAGGAGGAGGAGGAGGAGCUGAUACUGCCAAUGGAUGCCCCCACCCAGGUGAUGGAGGAGGAGCCGGUACCCGUACCACAGCCCGGCGUGGUGGACCGUGUGGCCGCCAUGCCGUUCAUCAGCUCCACCUGCGACAUGGUGUCAGCCGCCUACACCUCCACCAAGGAGAGCUAUCCACCCGUCAAGGUUGUGUGCGACAUGGCGGAGAAAGGCAUCAGGACGCUCACGGAUGCUGCGGUCAGCGGGGCCCAGCCCAUCCUGUCCAAGCUGGAGCCCCAGAUCUCCUCGGCCAGCCAAUAUGCCCACCGGGGCCUGGACCGCUUGGAGACAGUGCCGAUCCUGCAGCAGACCUCAGACAAGGUCCUGGCUGACACCAAGGAGCUGGUGUCCUCCAAGAUGACGGAGGCCCGAGAGAUGUUGUCCAGUGCCAAGGACACUGUGGCCACUGGUGUGACCGAGGCGGUGGACAUGACCAUGUCGGUGCUCAGCAGCGGCAUGAACUCAGUCAUGGGCUCCCGUGUGGGUCAGAUGGUGACCAGCAAGAUGGACACCAUGCUGGGCAAGUCGGAAUCCUGGGCAGACAACCACCUGCCUAUGACAGACGAAGAGCUGGCGCGCCUGGCCGCGUCGGUGGAGGGCUGCGACCUGGCCUCGGUGCAGCAGCAGCGGCGGGAGCAGAGCUACUUCGUGCGCCUGGGCUCGCUGUCGGAGCGCCUGCGGCAGCGCGCCUGCGCACACGCGCUGGGGCGGCUGCGGGGCGCCGGGCAGCGCGCGCAGGAUGUGCUGCAGCAGCUGGCGCAUGCGCUCAGCUUGAUGGAGAUGACGAAGCAGGGAGUGGACCAGAAGUUGGGGGAGGGGCAGGAGAAGCUGCGCCAGAUGUGGCUGAACUGGAAGAAAGCGGAGACCCCGAACAACGAGGGGAAGAGUGAGAGGGACCCGGACCCCACAGAGGCAGAGCAGGUGGAGUCGCAGGCGCUGAGCAUGGUCCGGGACCUCACAGGGCAGCUGCAGAGCGCGUGCGCGGCGCUGGGCGCCAGCCUGCAGGGGCUGCCGGCGCAGGUGAAGGAGCAGGCCCAGCAGGCGCGCCGCCACGUGGAGGCCCUCCACGCCACCUUCGCCCACGCCCAGUCCCUGCAGGACCUGUCCAGCGGCGCCCUCACCCAGAGCCGCGAGCGCGUGGCCCAGGCCCGGGAGGCCCUCGCGCACACAGUGGAGUCCGUGGCCCAGAACCCUCCCCUCAUGUGGCUGGUGGGCCCUUUCUCCCCGGGGAUCACCGAGAAAGCCCCCGAAACCAAGUAGGGUGGGAGGAAGGGCGGGGGGGGGGGGAUUGCAUCCCUCCACGACCUCUGGUGCCAAGGAGCCUUUAAAGGAGGUGGCCCUGGAAUUGGACAGCUCAUCACUCCCGCUGAGCUGGGUGGAAACGCCUGGGGAGCCUCCUGGAAGAGAAAAAAAUUUUUUUCCUAAAAGUUUCCAAAACCUUCCUUUCUUUCUUUCUUUCUAAAAGUUAGCAAUAUUGUUCUUAUGACACCUGAUUUCCUUUCCUAUCUCACGGCUUGGAUGCCGGGCUUCUGUGAAAAUGGAUUUAGGUACGGGAAGUUGGCCUCUGCGAUGCGUGCGAUGGACAGGCUCGCUCCGCCUGUCGCCUUGUUGUUCUGGGAUGCCUUAAUAAACUUUACCCGCAACUCA